GCGGCUUCAAAGUUCUGCAUAGAACAAAAAGUCGACUGCGAUAGAACGGGCGAUUAGACAUUGCUCUUUUUUCUUUUUUUGACCCUGACGUUCUAAUUAUCGCCAUAUUCAUACCCAAUCGGGAUUUUACGAUUGUGUGACGAAACUAUCCGGCUCUUUCUCACAUGUCCAGCGCAUCUGCAAAACCACCUGCCUGGCUCUUCUCCAACAACACCAACAACAACCCUACCGACAAGGUCCUCACGAGCACGUCUUCAGCAACCACCAGCACAAACGACGAAAUGGUCAAGUCAAAACCUUCCGCCAGCAAUGGCGUCGAGUCUCAAUCUCAGCCUCCAGCCCAGCUGCUCGAUCUCGUAGAGCAGUUCCUCUCCGACAAUGCCUUCACCAGCGCCCUUAGCGCCUUCAAGAAGCAGCGGUCCAAGAAGGGUUGGGGCGAGGCUUCUGAGGCUAGCAGCGGAGACACUCUUGUGGGUGUCUUCCAGUCCUGGGAAAACGCUGCGAAGGCCCCCGCCGACCGAGAUGUCGACAUGGAGGACUCGAGCAGUUCCAGCUCCAGCUCAGACAGUUCUAGCUCUAGCGAAAGCAGCGACAGCGAGAGCGAGGACGAAAAGCCUUCUUUCCGCGCAAAGUCUCCUCCCAAGGGCAACAAGAACUUGAAGCGCAAGGCACCCCCCAGCUCCAGCUCCAGCUCCAGCUCCAGCUCGGACUCCUCCUCGUCUGAUUCCAGCUCCGACUCCAGCUCGGAGGACGAGAAGCCCAGCCCCAAGAAGCAAAAGGUCGCUGCCCCCAGCGCUAAGAAGCAAAAGGUUGCCUCUCCUGCCAGCUCUGAGUCCGAGUCCGACUCAGACUCUUCCGACUCGAGCUCCGAAUCCAGCUCCUCAGAUGAGAGCUCCAGCUCCGACGAAAGCUCCGACAGCGAGUCUGAAGUCGACGCCGCAGAGGCCGCCAAAGUGCCCCUCCCUGAAUCCGACUCCGACUCCUCUUCAUCCUCAUCCUCAGACUCCGACUCGGAUUCCGACGACGACAAGAAGAAGAAGACGACGAAGAAGACGAAGCCCGUCAACGGCGUCGUCAAGAAGGAACAAUCCACCGACGAGUCCUCCCCCUCCGACUCCUCCGUCACAAUCGACUCCCUGCCCAACCCCCCCUUGCCCCCCAACCCGCGCGACAAGAAGGUCAAGGUCGAGCCCUUUUCGCGUAUUCCCAAGGACAUUAAAGUCGAUCCCAAGUUCGCCUCCAACGAGUACGUCCCCCUGAGCUACUCCCAGCGCGCCCACGAGGACCUCAUCGUCACAAAGGGCAAGGGCUUCACCAAGGAGAAGAACAAAAAGAAGAGGGGCAACUUCCGCGCCGGUGUUAUUGACAUUGACGAGAAGAAGAGCAUCUACUUUGACGACUAAUUAAAAAGAGAAUGAGAGAAAAGUGAAGGGAUGAGUAAAUAGGACCUAUACGAUCUAGGUUGGGGGAAAAAAGUAGAGAUUUGAGUCUCUAGGGGUGCAUUCAACAGCCGGUGUUUAAGGGCGGCGCCUUUGUCUGUUUUUCAAAAAGUCGACUUUUUUAUAUUUUUAGUUAUUCCAUUUUCUAGAUUCUUUUUUAUAUAAAUAUUGUUAGAACAAGCUUCAUUUUCUU